UUUGAUACAACUUAAUUGAUAAGAUUGAACUUGUUCUACCAUGAGAAGUACAGAGGAGGCAGCCUGCUCAGCUGUGAUCUAAAAUAUUUGUCAUCACGGAUGGAGGUCAAACAUUAUUGAGCCAUUGAGGAUGUCCGUGGGAGCAUGUCAAGUCCGUAGUCAUGCGACAAGAGAACGAGCGCGGCAGACACCGGAUGGCACACGUUUGGAAGCCAAGCUGUCACCGGAGCCUGUACGAACUGUGGGCGAAUAGCAAAGCGCGUCCCAUAAACGUGCUUGCACGUCACGCUCGAGGAGAAAAAGGCUAAAGGUUGGCGUGUGUGCGUUUAAAAUCGGAGAUUGGGUUCAAUGUGACACACAAUCCCCAACGAGCGCGUCGCUGGCCACAACGAGGCGCCUCUGAGCGUACGGUAGCAGGUGCUCUGCAGUUCGGCCGGCGAUAGUUGGGGGAGAGGGAAUUUCGCGCAAUAGAACGGGGGAGAAGCGGGCGAGGUUCAGAUAGGGAGGUGGCCCGAAUGGCAGACGAUGGCGAGGAGCGGGUCCGAUGCGGGUGAGGAGGCCAUUGGAUGGAGCAACGGCUGGGAACGAGGGCGGACGGAAAGACACGAGAAGAUCGUGGAGGUGCAAACGUGCGUCGUUACGUACGGCAGCAUGGGGCCAGGCUCGAGGAAGACCCAGAUCACCGAGAACGCUGUGAGGGCUGCUGCGCAGACGGCGUCGAGGGUGUUUCGAGGACUGUCUCAGACGGCAGACGCAGUGAACAGCGGGGGUCGCGGCCAUGUUUUUUGCACAGGAGGGGAGAGCACCGGGGCGGGAAAUGAUUUGUCAGCAGGCUCACGGGGUCUCGGUACGGACCCACGUGUGAGGCCUGUGAGGGAUGCCCAUAUCGUCACUGGCAGCAGAGGCUUUGAUUGCCCCGACCGCCUCGAGUCCAGAGAUACACACACACCCGUUCGCUCACCUCCACUGCGGCCGCAGAAAAACAAGAGAAAACAAAUAUUCCCUCUUCCUCCAUCUCCCCGAAUCCAAACCAUCUCUGAUCUGCACCAACGUUGCUCGCUCCGUUUACGUCUUCCCGGUGCACCAAGCACUUAUAUCCUCGCCUCUCCUUAGGUCAGUUCUCUCUCCUCCGUUUCCUGCCCUUUCUCAAGUCCGCUCCCGUUGUCACCCGUCCGUUUUCUCGAACAGUUCAUGGGGCCUCGCCCAGCAAGUCCCCACGCGGAGCAACCAUCCUACCGUUUUCCGCCCUCGCCCUCUACCUCGGCCUCGACUCCUACCCACUCUCGCCUCGCGUUUGAUCCCCCGCAGGCCAGGGACAGGCCUCCAUUUUCCCCACCUUCCACCCGCCGCGCCGCCUCCCACAAGCUACAGUCGCCCACAAAGCGAUCGAACGACUACUAUGAGUCAGAAUCAGACAGUUCUGGCACGGAAACCAAGCACGGUCCACUCUCCCCCCAGUCUCCUGUCCGCCGCAGGGCAACCCGAAAACCAUCGGAUAGGGCCCUAACACUACCCUCGUCUCGUACCGCUCCCGUCGAUUUUCUCCACUCCAAGGGCCCUCCAGCUACCCAGCGACCCCUGUCUAGACGUUCAUCCUCUGCUUCGUCCUCGUCGUCCUCGAGCGGCUCACCGUGGAAGCCCCAUCCGCCCUCCACCUCUUCGGGUAUUGGACGCAAGGUCGCCGCUUCCCUCGACCUCUUCAAGGAGUCCGUCACCACCCCCAGCCUUGAGCAACCGAAUCCUUUUGAGAGCGGCCGCUCUGUCUCUUCAACCUCGCGUCAUCGUAGUGGGUCUUUCCAGAAACUCAAUGAUGUCGGCGAGCCCCAGUUUGAGUUUGUCAAGCGGUCCGAUUGGCCUGAACGUGAAGCCGCCGCCAUACGAAGGGAGAAGAGCACUACCGUGCUAGAACGGGUUAAAACGCGAGAAAGCAUGAGUAGUACGCGGGAAGAGGACAGUCGGCGGAGGAAGGAGAGACAAGCUUCGCUACGAGACACGGCUCUUGGCGACCUAGUCCAGUGGCGCAACACUGUCGCAGCGAACCAGGACGAUGGUCGGGGCCGGCCACGAGAGCGCCCACUUUGGCCCGAAGACAAAGUGGACGGUAUUCUUGCGGGCCCGCCUGCUAGUGAAAGCUCUGCCUCGUUGAGCACGACGUACCAGGAAAGGAAUGACCGUACACCACCUUCUUCGUUAUAUCGAGGACAGCCUUCUCGGGCGCAUUGCUCUCUCCCCAAUGCUGAAGAGCAACUAUCGCCCUUACUGCCCAGCUCACUUUUCGUGUCCACUCCUGAGCAUGCAGUCCCUCCCCCUGCCUUGGUACCGCAAGGCGCAUCACCACAGCCCGCUAGCGGUCCCUCCUCUCCUCUUUCGCUCACCCCUCAAUCUCGCCGCCAGCCUGCAUCCAUUGUUCCACCGCCUCCUUCGUUAUCGCUUUGGUCCUCAGACGACGAGAGCGAGUCCGCAUGGGAAACCGCCUCCGUGGCGACCACUACCUCCACUUCUACUUCAUCACCCUUCCCUUUGUCGCCUUCGAGAACAAGUCCAGUACCCCAGCCUAUUGUGAGGCACCCGAGUGAUGAGGAUGACGAGCAGCAAGGUGGUCCCUUGACGCGCUUUCACGAUCUUGACUUGGGCCAGGGAGAUGAGCCUCUUCACCACGACCUACCCGAUGAUUGGACAUUCAACCUCUCGCAGGAGAGCCUUCCGCAUAUACCUCUGCGCCCGUUCAGAAACCAGGUCGGCGGCCAUACCGCUAUCUACAAGUUCACGAAGCGUGCGGUGUGCAAGCCUCUGGUUUCUCGGGAGAACCUGUUCUACGAGGCCGUGGAGCGCGAAGCGCCGCCGCUUCUCGAUUUUAUUCCGCGCUACCUCGGUGUUAUGCUCGUUAGCUAUCGACGAGUGCCGCGGGCCGUUGGCUCGCCGCCCAAGGAGUCGAUGGCAUCGCAUUUACACCGUCCGAGCUUCCCGAAGUCUGCGUCGGGUGCCCUGACAAUCAUGCCGAAGCAAGGGCGUGGCAACGGUUCGGGCGACGAGUAUGAUCAAGGGGAAGCGACUGACACUGGUGAAGCAGAGUUGCCCGAGGUUGUCCUUGAUCGCAAUCGCCAUAUCGUUCCCGAGUGGAUGUUGCGUGGUCAACGAGGGCGCGCCUUGUCGCAGUCGGCGAGCAUGGGCCCUAGCUUCGUUAGUCGUCGUCUCCAUCGGCAUCACCUGAACGGUUACACCGCUUCCAGCCCCGACCUCGCAUCGACCGCUGUAUCGAACCAGGCUGUGUCGUUCAGUGCACCAAGUGUUAAGCAGACUUCCAGCCCGCUUGCGCAGAGUCAGAUACUUGAUCUUGAUGUCCCCACUCCCACGAACUCACCGAGACUGUCAUCGCGCACCCAGCCGCCGAGUCCCAGCACCACACCUCGCGCUUCAUUCCGGGUGUCUGAGACCGACACUGAAGCGGUUCUAGCCAGGUCUUUGCGGUCACACGAGCUGUCGUUCAGCAGCCUUCCGCCAGGUCUUUGCGGUGGUCGAGGGUCAACGAUGGUGAACACCAAGUUCAAAGAUCAUGUUUUCAGCACUCUUUUGCGGCGAUUAUGUCGGCGACGUCGUAGCCGCACCGACGACGAUGGUGAUGUCGCAGACGCCGAAGGCGAGGGUGCAGGUUUGGGCGGUGAGGCCCUGCGUACACGGAGGAAGAAGCUGAGUCAGGUGGAGAGGCUGCGCAUGGAAGAGGGCGUAUUCUAUGGCGGCUCGGCUCUGCGGCGUGUGCAGAGUGAUGAUCACUUGGAGACGCAGCCGUCAGACAUUUUCCCGUUCGAGGCGUACCAUACUGCUCGGGAGGAUGAGGCGGGGGAUACCGCCAGCACAUACACGCCCCGGUCGAGGAGGCAUAGUUCGCCUAGGACAUCGGAUCAUCCGUCGCCGCACCGCCUCAUGGAACCACACGUACCCGCAGAACAUCCUACUUCUCUCACGGGUCCUGGUCACCGUGAGAUGGACGGCUCUGUUACGAGGCAGAACCAUUUCAUACUGAUGGAGGAUUUGACGGGGCGACUGAAGCACUCUUGUGUUCUGGAUUUGAAAAUGGGUACAAGGCAGUAUGGUAUGGAUGCUACGCCUCUGAAGAAAAAGAGCCAACGCAAGAAGUGCGAUAGGACCACGAGUCGGACCCUUGGAGUCAGGGUGUGUGGCAUGCAGGUUUGGAACCAUUCCACCCAGUCGUACAUCACCCAAGACAAGUAUAAGGGUCGAGAAGUGCGCACCGAAGACUUCCCUUCCGUGCUCGCGUCUUUCUUGCACGAUGGCGAGCGCUUGCUCGUGUACCAGAUCCCCGUCAUACUCCGCAAGUUGUAUGCCCUCGCGCGGAUCAUCAGCCGCCUCAAGGGUUUCCGUUUCUAUGGGUGCAGCCUGCUCAUGAUCUACGAUGGCGACCACGACGCCCAGGAAGCCUUCCGCUCCGCAAGCAUGGAGAGCGUUUCCGCACGUAGCAAACGAGGCGAGUCGCUUGAACGGCAGCUCGACAGUCGUACGCCCGAUUCAGAGCAACCCAAACAGAGCUUACGGCGAUCGCGCAGCGAGGACCUACUUGUCGGACCCGUGUCAUUCCGCAGAGACAGGCGCCGCAAGCGUGGCGAGGUCCAGAUCCGCCUUGUGGACUUUGCGCACACCACCACCGGGCGUGACUGGCUCCCAUAUCCGCCGCCGGACUAUCUCAAGAUGGAUGAGGUUACGAGCGGGAAGGGAUACCAAGCCGAAGUCGACCCAGAGACCGGUCUGCUCUACGCGCGCUUCCCACCACACUAUCCUGAUCAGCCCGACCGCGGCUUCCUUUUUGGCCUGAUGAAUCUUUCCGAGAGCCUCGAGAAGACUUGGAAUGACGAGCGACUGCGUCGGAUUAAGGUCUCACGAGACCACCUUGGCGCGAACGACGAGCAACUACCGCCACUGUCACUCGAGGGCAAAGAGAUCUUCAAGGAGAUCUUUGGAUCUCCGAGCGAGGAACUUGACCUCGGGAUGAUUUCGACUUGAUAACCAGAGCAUAUACCUUCCUUUCUGGUUCUUCCGUAUCUUCUUUGGCAUUACCCUCACUCUGUGCUGUCGUCCUGCCAUCCCUUCUUUAACCGUCUUUAUUUGAUCAUAUUUCUUGUUGCAUAUCACCUGGCCCAGGUCCUCUGCUGUCAUGCUCGUCCUCAUUCUUAUCAUUUGGUCACAUUCUGGACUAGAUUUACUUAUGGUCUGCGCAUGUACAAUCACGCACGUAUAAUUUCGUCAAUGCAAAAGCAUCGCACUUAGAUUUUUUCAGCCUUCCUCGCGGAGGGUGUCACGACGUUAAGUGAGGUGACCGCUAGGCAGCAGGAACGAGGUCUUUUUUCUCCACCUCCACUUCUCUACCUCGGGGCUUCGCUAGUAGCAGCAGGUGACCGAUAGACCCAAAAGUUGCACCGCUUUUACAGGCAGUAUCAGCAGUCAUGAUGGGCUGGAAUAUGCGGCCGGUGUCUAUUGAUGCAAGUAGAGUAAACAGGACGUGUGUCGAGGCGGGAAUGCAGCCUCAGCAGGCCGGAUGUUUAUUCCUCCUUGGUGACAUACUUGUCGCGGAUAUCUUUCCAUUGUUUCUGUACACCCGUCAAGGCCACUUAGUACGAUGUAGAGUC